UUGCUGGACUGGGACAUGGGGAACGAGUGCUUUCUGGCCUUCACCACUACGCACCUGCCCUUAGCGGAACAAAACCUUGCCAGAUAUAAACUCCGAAUAGUUGAGCCACCAAAACUACCUCUGGAAAAAAAACCCAACCCUGAUAAAGAUGGUCCAGAUUUCGAGCCCAACCUGUGGAUGUGGGUAGACCCCAACAUCGUGUUCCCCCCUGGAAAGCUGGAGGUCCGAGAACCCAGUAAGGAGAAGAAUCUGACAAGCAUAGUCCCUUCCCCUCAGCCACCCCCAAAAGAAGAGGACUUUGCCAAAUGCCCACAGGCCACAGUGGUGGAGUCACCAUCACUUUCUGGAGACCAGUAUCCCCCUCGGAAGCGGUUUGCCUCUUCCAACAGCAACUGGGAGCUCACAGAAGAGAAGGAAGCUGAGGACCAGGAUGACAGCUCCUCUGUGGCUCUCCAGUCCCCUCACAAAAGGGCCCCCCUCCAGAGUCGGAGGCUUCGGCAAGCCAACAGCCAGGAGGGGGGCCUGUGGUCCCGGCCCCCUCUCAAUUACUUCCACCUAAUUGCACUGGCAUUAAGAAACAGUUCCCCCUGUGGCCUCAACGUGCAACAGAUCUACAGUUUCACUCGACAGCAUUUCCCCUUUUUCCGGACGGCUCCUGAAGGCUGGAAGAAUACCGUGCGUCACAAUCUCUGUUUCCGAGACAGCUUUGAGAAAGUGCCGGUCAGCAUGCAGGGUGGCGUCAGCACACGGCCCCGAUCCUGCCUCUGGAAGCUGACCGAUGAGGGACACCGCCGCUUUGCAGAGGAGGCCCGCGCCUUGGCCUCCACUAAGCUGGAAACUAUCCAACAGUGUAUGAGCCAGCCAGGUGUGAGGCCUCGUCACACAUGACCCAAGACCGAGCGUGCAGGGAAGGAGCCAGGGUCCCAUGGGGGGGCAGGGCAUGGGGAGGGGGUGGCACCUUCUGUAGGAAGGGGAGAGAACAGCAGUGCUCUGAGACCCUGGGGUGGUACCUGCCUCAGGGGUCCCCCCACGCACAAGCACGGAACCUGAGGCGCUGGGAGCUGAUGGAGAAACAGCUAAGGUGUAGCUGGCCCUACUCACAGCCCCGCAGCCUGGGGAAAUGGUAACCACACAAUGUGAGAAGCAUGGUAUAAAAGGUUCUCUGCAAAGGGGGCUUUUUCUUUUCCUGGAGACCAGGUGGCAUUUGGGCCUUGAGAGAGGAAAAGUAGAUCAUUUGCCGUGAGAGAGCUUUCCAGGCUUAGGGAACAGCGUCUGCAAACGGCAGAUAGAUCCCUUUGACUUCUUUCCUUACAGGUGUGAUGCCCUCCCUCUUCGACCUUUAGUUCCACAAACCAUCCGUCAGCCCAUGCCUUAUUAAAGUUAUCUGCAGCAUCCUGGUGUGUCUGCGGUCCGAGGGUGGGGCAGGAGUGGGGGCGGAGGCGGGCUCUGAGGUUGGAAAUGGGAUGCCCUCAGAGCU